AUGACUGCGGAGCAAGUAGUCGCAGAGAGUGGGGGUCGUAUCGGCGAGCCGGAUCGUGUCGUCGAAAUGGCAGCGGCACUGCGUCCCUUUUGCGCGGCCCAUGCCGUAGCUGGCGUAGGCGACGGCGAAUACGCUGUACCCGAGGAUAAACCAGAUCCAGAUGCAGGUGGUGCUGAGGCGGAGUGUGGACCGUUUGUCCGACACGGUCGUCUGUGGGGCGGGCUGGGGUCUUCGUCACGCGCAGGCUUGUUGGUAGCGACAGGUUAUGAUGGUUUCUGA